GGCGGGGCGGGGCCGGGCUGGGCCCCGCGCUCCCCAACCGCCGCCCUGCCUGAAGGGAGCGGGGCAGGGCAGCGGUUUAUAACCGGCAGCGGCGGGGCGGCGGCCGUUGGCACACCGGGACACGGGCAGGGCAGGCCCUGGCGAAAGAAUAAUCAAUAAUGUCUGCACUAAACUGGAAGCCCUUUAUCUAUGGAGGUUUAGCAUCAAUCACUGCAGAAUGUGGUACUUUCCCCAUUGAUCUGACCAAAACACGUCUCCAGGUUCAAGGUCAAGUUAGUGAUGCCAAAUAUAAAGAGAUCCGCUACCGUGGAAUGGUGCAUGCACUAGUCAGAAUAUGCAGAGAAGAAGGAUUGAAGGCCUUAUACUCUGGGAUUGCACCUGCAAUGCUACGGCAAGCUUUGUAUGGAACUAUAAAAAUAGGCACUUACCAGAGCUUAAAAAGGACAUUUGUUGAACAUCCAGAAGAUGAAACCCUGAUGAUAAAUGUUCUAUGUGGUGUUCUUUCGGGAGUAAUCUCAUCAUCUAUUGCCAAUCCUACAGAUGUCUUAAAGAUCAGAAUGCAAGCCCAAGGUAGUGUCAUUCAAGGAGGAAUGAUGGGCAACUUCAUACAGAUCUACCAAAACGAAGGCACUAAAGGCUUAUGGAAGGGAGUAUCAUUGACAGCACAGAGAGCUGCUGUUGUUGUUGGAGUGGAACUGCCAGUGUAUGACCUUAUCAAGAAGCACAUAAUUAUGUCUGGAUUUAUGGGAGAUACAGUAUAUACUCACUUCCUCUCAAGUUUUACUUGUGGGUUUGCUGGAGCCCUUGCAUCCAACCCAAUUGAUGUUGUAAGAACACGCAUGAUGAAUCAGAGAAGCCAACAACAUGGGGGACACUCAAACUACAAGGGUUCUUUGGAUUGCUUGUUGCAAACAUGGAAGAAUGAAGGCUUUUUUGCUCUAUAUAAGGGGUUUUGGCCAAACUGGUUAAGACUUGGUCCUUGGAAUAUCAUUUUCUUUCUGACAUAUGAACAGCUGAAGAAGUUGGACUGACAUGCUGAACUGUAUCCUGAAUUCUGUGAAUGUACUGUUUGAGUUUAGAGCAACAUGUAAGUUGUCUCAAGUAUUUACUCCUUGUUGUCUGAGAUGCUGGCCAGAGGAAGAGGUCACUGCAAGACUGUUGUGAAUGAGAAGAACCUGGAAGUGGUUUCAAGGCUGACUGGCUUCUGUAACAGCAGCUUGCUUAUGUGACUCAGUGGGUGAUAUGUGCUCUUUUCUAGACUGAACCAAAUAUGGUGGCAUUCCUUCUGUCAGCUGUGUAAGUGUGCUUGAAUGUGAAGGUCUGUGAGCAGCUUUAUGCUGUUGAGGCUCAGAUGCACAGUGUUUUAUAAAACAGGCAAAGAACAAUCUUUCUGCAAAGGAAGACGGCUAGUACCACACAGCUGGUCUUCUCCUGUUUCCACAAGGGUAUACAAUUUGACUGUGGUAGUUCAUAGUUUCUGAGUAACUGGAAGUGUCACAAGAUGUCCUUUCAGGCUUUCAGUUCAGUAAAAUACCUGCUGCAAGACAAAAAUCUGCUUCCGGUUUUAGAGCUUUUCUGUGUUCUAAGACCUUAGAUGUUGGCAUAAGUUGCUGGGAAUAAUCCAGUUUCCUUUGAAAGCAUGGUUGCUACAGCUGUCAGUUUUGCAUAGUUGCAGGUGUUCUUCCAUAUAUCAUUCUUGAUUUUCAGUGUGAUUCUUCAACAAAUGCAUAUGUAAAUUGCAAGUAGGAAUGAAGUUGGAGCAAGUCCAUGCUCAUCUGUGAGUCUUGCAGAGAAACUUUCCAUGCUUUUGCUGUUGUUGGGAAGAACUACUUGUAAUGGAUACUGGAUGUUAUGUAUCAUCUGAGAGAUACAAGUUUUACACUGAGCAGUUCAGGCUAUGUUAUGUAGGUGCCGUGGGAAAAGAACCAGGCUCCUCCAAAGGUAAAUCCACAAUAAAGACUGUUUUCCUUCUUUAAGAUGACACUCAAACCCAGAACUACUGACCACUUCCAUACAUGCAAGUAAACUCUUCAUGUAGAAAUCAACCACAACUUCUUCAACCAUGACCUUUUGGCUGAAAUGUAUAUCUUAAACUUCAGGGCCAUUAACUAAACAGUACGUCAAGGUUCUUAAAUGCUGCUGGUGAAUUCCAGGCAAGGAGAUGUGCAAGAUGUCAGUCAUGGGAUGGUCCUGUGUUUACAGAGGAUGGCAAAGUGGGAUGUAUAGCUUUGUAUUUUUGUGGCAUUGUGUGAAUCUCUUAAGCAGUUUUGGUUAACUGUACAUUCCACUUAAACUGUGUUAUAAUUUCAAAAUUGCUAUAUUCUCAAGAUCCACAACUGGAUUUUUAAAUGCACAAGGCACUUUCUUUCCUGAACUACAAAUUUUUGUGUACUGUUAUGCUAUGUGCAGUGGUUUCCUGCACAGCCGUUUCUGGGCUUUAAUAGACAUACUUGUAGAAACUUUUGUACACUAUGUAAACUAAGUGUAUGGGUUUUGUAACCUUAUUAAAAGUUUUCAAAUCAUUGUG